AUCCAACCAUCCAUCUGUCCGUCCGUCCGUCCAUGAGCCUCCGGGGCUGGCUGCCGGGGCCCUGGGCCGCCCUGGCCUCCACCCUGAUGCUCCUCCCAACAGUGCUCGGGUCGGCCGGGGAGGAAGACAGAGGCCUGCGUCUGCUCUGCCUUGACCUCCAGACGGUGCUGGUGACCUGGGACCACGGCGGCCAUGCCAACCUCAGCCUCCACUACAGGUUCGAUGAGGAGGCGGCCUGGGGCCCGUGUGGGGCGUACGCCGUGCGGGCCGGGGUCACGGCCGGCUGCGAGCUGGGGGUUCGGGGCGACAUCCUGCACCUGACCCUGCGGGACGGGGGUCGGGCCCUCCUCCACCUCAGCCGCUACGUCGCUGACUUCCGUGAGCGCCGGGGCCUGGUGACCCCCCCGUGACCCCCUGUGACCCCCCCAUG